AGUCCUUCUGACUCGCCGUAGUUGUAGCUGCUGCGCUACAGAGCAGGGAGUUUUGUUUUGUUCUGUUUUGUUUUGAUCAAAGUAACUUUAAUGCUUUAUUUUACACACAGAAAUGGCUCAAAACGUCCAGAACGUGACUCUGUCUCUGACAUUACCCAUCUCUUGUCAGAUUUGCCUCGGGAAGGUCCGUAAGCCGACGAUCUGUUGUAACCACCACGUGUUCUGCGCAGCCUGCCUCGAGCUUUGGCUUCAGAAGAGCAGUCAGUGUCCCACCUGCAGAGUUCCCAUCACACCUGAAAACCCGUGCCGAGAAAUUAUCGGAGCUACAAACGAGAGCGAGUCCCCGGAAAGCCAUUCGGUCAGAAAGCAUCUGAGGAAGACAAGAGGGGAGUUACUGCUGCGAGAGUACGAGGAUGAACUGGAGACUCUGCUGAAGGAGAACGAAGAGCUGAAGAGCAGAAGUGUGAGUCUGGAGUCACAGCUGAAAGCCUCACUGAUGCCUGCAGCCACUCCGGUUUCCCCGAGCGAUGCUCGGCUUGACUCCGCCCUCCUGGAGGAAACGGCCAAUAAGCUGCGAGCUGCCACUGAGCUCUAUCAGAGAGUGCAAGAGGACAUGGGCAAGAUAAGAGACGCUAACAAGACUCUGCGCUCCCAGAACAUCGACCUGGUCCAGGAAAACCUGCGCCUGAGAGCCGAGGUGGAGAGCAGGUCUCCUCAGAAGUUUGGUAGGUACACCGUAGCAGCGUUGGAGGCUAAGAUCUCCCAGUACGAGCGAGAGAUGUCUCAGCUGAAGAAGGCUCUGGAGCGAAGUGAUGUGUAUAUUGAGGAGCUGGAGUCCCAAGUGUCCAAACUUCAGGGCGGGCCUCCAAUACAGAGCCCUUCUUCUGAGCAUACGGUAGACGGUACGAACUCAAAGCUGGAAAAGACAUCCACAGAUCCUUCAGAGAGUCAGGACUUCCUGCGUAUUUCUCCCUCUGACGAAGCUUCUGGUUCUCAGAAGGACACGAUGGUGGACUUUGCCCUGCCCUCCACUCCCCCUACUCCCUCCUCCGCCCUCGGCCGCUUGAGUCUGAAAAGCCCCGUGGUGCGGAGUGAGAAAAAGACCGUUAGUCACCGCCUCCCUUAUUUGAGGAGGCUCAGCUUUGAUGACUGCGGAAGCUCCAGCAGCUUCACACCUUUUUCUGCAGUGAAACACACUUCUCCUAAAGUCAGCAGUGAUAUUUUAGAUCAGAAAACCUCACCAAAUUCAACCAAUCAUCAGAGCGUGUGGAGCAGUCGGGAGGAGCCUUGUUCCAAUCCGUUCCACAGCACACAGGAAAGUGAGCAGAAUGUCAGCGAGGGCAAGUGCUUGGCAGAGGAAGCUCGUAUGGACGCGGCGUUCCUCGACAUCGUGUCCGAGCUCGACUCCAUGAUGGCUGAAGGUGAAAGCUCUUGCUCUCACACGCCUCGGCUUCAGUCCGACUUCGAUGCCGCAGCUCCGGUUGUCCACGUUGAUACUAAAUCAGACACAGAGCAGCAGCAGCAUUGUGCCACAGAUGUACCAGAGAGCUUCGGUGAAUCUGUGAAGCGGAAAUGUUCCGUUAACUUAGCUACGUCCAGUCCAUCGAAACUGUCCAGGAUUAAAUAAUUUGUAUGAAAUCUCCAGUCUCGACAUGAUGAUUCGUCCAUCAACGAAUUUUGGUAGCCGACAUUUAGACUGAUUCGUCCUCCUUUUGCAGAAUGAGGUCAUGUGACCUCGAUUAGCAUCUGACCAAUCAGUUUUUUUUCCCUCCUCAAUUAAUCAUCUAAAGAUCAUCUGGUCUUCUCAUAAAGCAGUGCUUCAAACCAAACUCUUAUCACUUCUCAGCCUAGCGACUUGUCGUGUUCUCCUGGAAGCGACCGUACAUGGAAAUGCAGCAAGCCAAUCAGAUCGCAGCACUGGUGUUCUGAAGCAGGUGGUCAGAAAAGUGUCCAAAACUCAUGAGCUUUGCAUCCAGUGGGCGGAGCUUCAGAGGCAGAGAUAAGGGUCAGGUUAGGUUUUAUAGUGAAGUUAUUUUCAUGUUUAGUUCAGUUUGUGGGGGGGCACGGUGGCUUAGUGGUUAGCACGUUCGCCUCACACCUCCAGGGUUGGGGGUUCGAUUCCCGCCUCCACCUUGUGUGUGUGGAGUUUGCAUGUUCUCCCCAUGCCUCGGGGGUUUCCUCCGGGUACUCCGGUUUCCUCCCCCGGUCCAAAGACAUGCAUGGUAGGUUGAUUGGCAUCUCUGGAAAAUUGUCCGUAGUGUGUGAUUGUGUGAGUGAAUGAGAGUGUGUGUGUGUGCCCUGUGAUGGGUUGGCACUCCGUCCAGGGUGUAUCCUGCCUUGAUGCCCGAUGAUGCCUGACAUAGGCACAGGCUCCCCGUGACCCGAGGUAGUUCAGAUAAGCGGUAGAGAAUGAGCGAGAGAGAGAGAGUUCAGUUUGUUUUAGAAGUUACUUCAAGGCAUUUUUAUACCAGAGACUCUACUGUGCCUCAGGUAAUUAUUUAUUUCCUCAUGUUCUUUUGUUAAAAUGGUUUUUUAUGGCCUUUAUAAUCCUCUCCCAAUGGCAGCUGUGUUCAUAUUAAUGAACUUUUCAUCUUAACCUUCCAGGACUGUUAAUAGACCAGGCUUCCAUGUUGGAAACAAUUUCUCUGCUAUAACUUUUUUUAAACUUUUAUAAAUAAAAUGUUUAACACAA